AUGCUAAACUUUUUAUUAUUUUUUCCAUCAGUAAUUAUAACUAUUUUAUGGUAUUUAUGUAUAAUUAUUGGAAUGCGACAAAAUGAUGAAAAAGAUAGGGUUUUUCAUGGAAAAGUUUAUGAGGCGUUUGAAAUUGAUUUGAGAAAAUAUUCAUAUGUGGGAACACUUUAUUGGAAACUUCAAGAUAAUUCGGAAAUCAUUUGGGAUUUAGUUGAAGUUUAUUGCUCAUUGACGUGUAUUGCUAUCAUUGUAAGCGCCCAAAAUAAAUGAAAAUCUUGAUCAAGUUUUUUUAGAUAACUUGCACUCUGAUUUGUAUAUUUUGUGCAUUUUCAAUAUAUUUUGAAGUGUUCCAAAAAUCCAGAAGUGAACAGGUUCAGAGAAUGGAGAAACAAAUUUUAUCAGCCUUAAUUUUCCAAACGCUCGCACCAUUUUUAUUGAUGUACACACCAAUUGGACUUGUUCUAUCACUUCCGAUGUUUGAUAUUCAUUUGGGAAGUUUAGCGAGUAUUGUGUCAGCAACAACUUCGAUUUAUCCGAUGUUUGAACCGAUGUUUGCCAUGUUUUUUAUCAGCGAUUUCAGGGAGAGUUGAGAUUUGGGCGAAGAUGAACAAUUUAAUUUUUUGUAAUUUGAAAAUUGAAGAUCGAAUCAAAGAUUUUCUAUAAAUCUGAACUUCCUUGUUUUCAGUCAUGUUUUGCUUUAUAUCAAAAUGAAACUGGUAAGUUUACAAAAAAAUUACAUCCAAAACUCCCACAUCUUUGUACUUAGAUUCUUUUGAUUUUGUUGUCAACUGUCUGUAUCGUCUUCUCAAUCCCACCGUGCUGGAAUCAACAUUGUCCACACCAUCAACAAUGUCGUAGAAAUCAAUGUUAUCCAAGAAAAACAUGUGGAUUUGGUUUAGAUGCAGGAUGUGGAUAUCAGCAAGUUUGUAAUAAUUAUUAUUGUUACGAUUUGGAAGAGAUUCAACUUGGCUAA